CGGAGUAGCAUUCAGAGCGUGCGGCUGCGCCUUUGUUGUUGUUCUCUCGUAACCCGUGUGCAAAGUCCUGCUGGUGUCACUAACGGAGGCUCAGCGUGUGUGAUUGUGCCUACCCCGUACUUCUUUCUUCCCCUGGAUUAACCUGCGGCUCCAAUGAAGGGCAACGUGGAUUACGGCCGUCUUUUUCGGAUACGUCCGUGAGCUUCCAAGUUGUGCUGCGCUGCUCCGAGGAUCAAAAAAACACUUCGUCUUCGCCGCUCGCAAGUCACUGCGCUGAUGGGGUUCGCCACAGAGCUCCAAGGCUGGAGCUCCCACGAUGCACUCCUCUCUGUGCAAGAUGCUGAGCUCAGACUUCUGGAGAACAUGCGCCGCUGUAUUGUGCACCGUGUGAAAUGUGACCGUGAAUAUUCGUUGGCCCUGAGUGCCUUGUGUGUGCAGGCAGCCAAAGUAGAAACUGGGGAUGAACUCGCUGGCAGUCUAGUAGCAAAGGCGUGGAACUCUGUCAUUGAUACAACGGAAACAAUUGGAAGGCUCGUUAAGCAGAAUGCUGAUCUGGUCGCCACUCACACGUUGGACAAGUUGAGUUGCCUCAUCUUGGAAAAAAGGGCUCUCAGGAAAGUGUAUCAGGAAGAACAUCAAAGGAUCCACGGAGAGCUCACAAGGCUAAGAGACGCUGUCCUCAGGAGCACCUCGGAGUACGAAAAAUGCAUAGAGAAUGCUGCAGCUGCCAAGGAAAAGUAUGAAGACCAGUUUAUGAAAGGGCGAGGAAACAAGAAAGUUGAAGAGGCAAAAGAGCGUUACAUCAAGGCCACUCGAAAGCUGCACCAAGCUCAUAAUGACUACAUCCUCCUUCUGAAUGAAGCGAUGAACUAUGAGCACCACCUGAGAACAACGCUUCUGCCGGGGCUACUGCAAUAUCAACAAACUGUACAGCAAGAGGCUGUGGAUUGCUGGCAAGCUGUGAUGAGAGACUUCUCGCAUCGUACAAAUUUUUGUUCAGAGGCAUUCCAAAAGCUUCACAGCACCCUCAUGGAAAGCGUAGAGCAAGUCAACAGUGAAAAAGAAUAUGAGGACUUUGUUGACAGAUACAAGUCAAAACCAAUUCCCCCAAUUGACUUUCAUUAUGAUGAGUCACUGCUAAACAACUAUGCUGGAAAACUGAAGCCAGAGCAGAUUGCAGUCGAUGAAUUUACUAUCGACUCGGUGAGAGAAAGGAUCACUGAACUGCAAGCAAAGGUCGCCCACGUUCAGGCUGUGAUUCUGGAGAAAGAGACACAACUGGCACAAUUUCAAGUUGAUGUGUCUGAGAUAAAGACGACUCCUGACCUUGGAUCGGCAGCCAUGGUGAAGAAGAGAGCUGUGGACAUAAUAAAAAGGGAACGUGAUGAAGCUAAGUGCCAGGAGGAGCGUUUCAACAGCCAACUGCAGUUGCUUGUACAGGCUGUGUCACAGAUGGGAAACGAAGUUCCCAGAGCCUUGGACCUGGAUGUCACACUCAAUGGCGAGCAGAGCAUCAAAGAUGACGAGAUAAUGGAUUUUACAACAAUCAGCAAAAUUGCAGCUAGGCACUUUGUGGACAAGCUAAAGAGCCCUUUCCUCAAAAAGCAGGCCAACCGCCCCCAGCAAUCCAAGGACUCCGAGGAAUGCAUCACUUCCAAUAACACCUCUGAGGAGACUAACAGCACCCUCAAGCCUUACAGCCGUAUGACUGUGAAUCCUAACAUCUCACUGCAAGACGAAGACUGGUUCCACGGUGUUCUACCGAGGGAGGAAGUGGUUCGGCUUCUUGUCAAUGAUGGUGACUAUCUCGUGCGAGAGACGAUACGAAAUGAAACAAAGCAGGUGGUCCUCUCAGUCUGCUGGCAGGGUCACAAGCACUUCAUCGUGCAAACUACAGCUGAUGGAAAAUACAGGUUUGAAGGGCCAGCCUUCGGCACGGUGCAAGAGUUGAUUGUGUAUCAGCAUCAUCUUGGUCUUCCUGUGACAAGCAAAUCCGGGGCAAUACUGCAGACUCCCAUCUUCAGAGAGCGAUGGGAGUUGAAUAAUGACGAUGUCGAACUUGUUGAGAAGAUCGGAAGGGGAAACUUUGGAGAUGUCUACAGGGCAGUUCUGCAUCCACAAAGGCUAGAUGUGGCCGUGAAGACGUGCCGUGUGAACCUGCCGGAUGAACACAAGAAGAAGUUUCUCCAGGAGGGAAGAAUCUUGAAACAGUAUGACCAUCCAAACAUAGUCAAGUUCAUUGGAAUCUGUGUUCAGAAACAACCCAUCAUGAUUGUCAUGGAACUCGUGCCAGGAGGCUCUCUACUGGCAUUUCUGAGAAACCAAGGUCCCAAGUUAAGUCCCAAGGACCUGCUGAACAUGUGUACGGAUGCAGCUGCUGGGAUGGCUUACCUCGAAAGCAAGAACUGCAUACAUAGGGACUUAGCUGCAAGGAAUUGCCUUGUAGGGAAAAACAAUGUUGUCAAGAUAUCGGACUUUGGCAUGUCACGAGAGGAGGAGGAAUAUAUUGUGUCGGACGGCAUGAAGCAGAUACCCAUAAAGUGGACGGCACCAGAGGCUCUUAAUUUUGGGAAAUACACCUCAGUCUGUGAUGUUUGGAGCUAUGGUAUCUUGGCCUGGGAAAUCUACUCACUUGGCGCAUCUCCCUACUGUGGCAUGUCCAACAGCCGAGCUAGGGAACUGAUAGACACAGGUUACCGGUUACCAGCCCCCGAAAAAGUACCGGACACAGUGUACCAGCUCAUGCUCCAGUGCUGGGAAUACAACCCGGACAAGAGGCCUACGUUUCAGGAGAUCCAUCAAACUCUGGUCAGCGUCGGCCGACACGUUUAACACCACACGGACACAAAUUACUGGAACAUGUAAACAUUUAUUUUUCACAAAUUAGCCAUUUAAGCUGUCCACCGCAUUUGCUUGUUUUUUCUGGCAGACAGUCCUUUGCCGGAAAAACAUUUUGUCUUUUGUGUUGAGUUGUCUCAUGUUUGGCAGCAGUUGUGUAAAUAUGAAAUAUUUAAGUCUAAUAAAUUGUGUGAGUCAUGAACAAGUACACCUUUGCAGAACCAAUCUUUAACAGUGAAAUCUUAUUAUUGUUGUAGAAACGGCAACGCAAGAUAGCUUGUAUGGGCAGUGUUGCUUGGGAGCUCAGCUGCUAUUUAUUUUGUGCCAUACUUUUCUGUUUUGCUCCUAUGUGUGUAACCUCGCAAAGUAAUAUAAAUACGGAAAACUGAAAAGGUCAUAAAAUGUCUUUAAUAAGUGUACAGGGUUGCUAACAUGCUUGAAGUGGCUGUCAGAAAACCAAGCGCCAACUGUUUUCUGGAAAAAAAAAACAGCAAGGGAAAAAAAAGCAAUAAAACAAGGUUUUU